GCAGCUGCAUUUCUCCGUCGCGCAUGCCGCUAGCUUGAGGCUAAGCCAUGAAGGCCACAAACAAGCCCACCACGCGGGCGUCACGCCCAGGCGGCCGGAAACUCCUCUUCGAUGCGGUACUGAUGCUUCUCCUCGUCUCCUUCGGAUUUGUCCUCGGCCUGACCUCCUCCAAUGCCAUGUUCCUGAAAUCCUACCUCGCUUUCAUUCCACCGUUUCUCUCUACUACGCCUUCUAAACUUCCGCCGCAGCCGCUUACGCCGUCGCCGCCGCAGCCGCCACAAAAGCCGCAGAUAGAGUUGGUGGGCUUGCGUGCGCCGAGCAGCGCCAUGCACAACAUGACUGACGAAGAGCUCUACUGGAGGGCGUCCAUGGCGCCAAAGGUCCGGCGCACGCCGAACCGCCGCGUGCCCAAGGUUGCUUUCAUGUUUCUGGUGAGGGGGGAGCUGCCGCUGCGGCCAUUGUGGGAGAAGUUCUUCACGGGGCACGACGGGCUGUACUCUAUUUAUGUGCACGCCCAUCCCUCCUACACCGGCUCGCCGCCCACGGACUCCGUGUUCUAUAACCGCAUGAUCCCAAGCCAGAGAACGAAAUGGGGAGACGCGAGCCUUGUGGAGGCAGAGCGUCGCCUCAUGGCGAACGCGCUCCUGGACCUCGAUAACGAGCGCUUCGCGUUGCUGUCCGAGGCGUGCAUCCCCAUCUACAACUUCUCCACCGUGUACACCUUCCUCACCGGCUCCAACACCAGCUUCGUCGACUGCUACGAGAACGGCGGUAGCCGGUCGCGCUACAGACCCUUCUUCGACAGCCGCAACAUCAGCCUCGCGCAGUGGCGCAAGGGCGCCCAGUGGUUCGAGAUGGACCGGGCCCUCGCGCUCGAGGUCGUCGCCGACGACUUCUGCUUCCCGGCGUUCCGCGACUUCUGCGUCGGGCGGAGCGAGUGCCUCAUCGACGAGCACUACCUCCCGACGCUGGUGAACCUGCUGGGGUGGGGUCGCCGCAACGCCAACCGCACGCUCACGUACGCGGACUGGAAGCGGCCCAUCAACCGGCACCCGCACACCCACGGAGCGGAGGAGGUGACGGAGGAGCUGUUGAAGGAGAUCAGGGAAGACGGGGGUAACCGCUGCUACUACAAUGGCGCCAAGAGCGGGAUCUGCAACCUGUUCGCGCGCAAGUUCGCGCCGGACACGCUCGAGCCGCUGCUCAGCUUGGCUUCCAAGGUCAUGGGCUUUGGUUGAGACGAUUAGGAUUUGUGCCAUAGUAUUCUUUGCGUUUUGGCUGAUCCAGGUUGUGCUGGAAUUGUACGCCGAGUGUCCAGCAUAAGAGAAAAAUAAACUGAAAUUUUUUG